AUGCGCUUCGCCAUUUCCCUCACCACUUCGGCCCUCGUCCUGGCCUCUGCCAUUGUUGGCGAAGAGACCAUCUAUCCUCCAGGAGGAGCGGGUGUAAUCCGGGUUAACCUCGCCGGCGAGAGCGAAUUCACCGGCUGCCUCAACGCCGACGGCAAAUGGACCGUGACAGAAAACUGCGCCCAAAUCUUUGGCAACGGCCAAGGAGGAAUUUCUAGCGACAAGGGCUGGUUGAUUCUGGACGACGACUCCACGAUCACCACCACCUCCGGUACUUGGUCCGUCGCCUGGGUUGGCACUCACGAUGGAGAUAACAGAGACACCAAACAGUUGAUUGGCAACAUUGGCAUCGACAAUGACGAUGUCCCCCAUGGAGGACCCACGUGGUAUGCGGCAGCAAUUGCAGCUCAGGAUGAGACGGUGCAAGUGAGCGGUGCAAAGACGGAGGAUGCUCAGGAAAUCUAUUUGACUUUCAUUAGUACUUUUGAGGAGUAG